CCUAUAUAUACGCCAUCGCCACGCUUGCCCUCUUCUUGCGACUCCUCACACCGUCUGCUCCGUUCCUUUUGUUCGUUCGUUGACUCCUCCACAAACACACACAGACAGAAAGACCUCUCUGUUUUCUCUCCGAGUUUCCUCUGUUUCCGCUGCUCACUCUCCAGUCAUCCCGACCGCGGCAACAGGGGGCAGGCACACAUGGAGUGGACGCGCGGGAAAUGCAUCGGCAAGGGGGCCUUCGGCACGGUGCACUCGGCCGUCGACAGGGCCACGGGGCGCGCGUUCGCGGUGAAGUCGGUCGACGCCAAGCAGGGCGGCGCGAUGGCGAUGGCGUGCCUGGAGAGCGAGAUCAGGAUCCUGAGGCGGCUGCGCUCCCCCUACGUCGUGGCGUACCUCGGGGACGACGCCACGGCCGCGUCCAGGAACCUCCACAUGGAGCUGGUCCCGGGCGGCACCGCGGCCGAUGCGGCCAAAGGAGGGCUCGGCGAGCGCGCGGCGCGGCGCGUGCUGCGGCGGGUGGCGUCCGCGCUGCAGUACCUCCACGACGUGGCCGGGGUGGUGCACGGGGACGUCAAGGGGAGGAACGUGCUCCUCGGCAGCGGCAUCGACUCGACGAAACUCGCGGAUUUCGGCGCGGCGAGGCUCGUGUCGGAGCCGGCCCCGCGAGGCCCGCGCGGGACGCCGGCGUGGAUGGCGCCAGAGGUGGCCCGCGGGGGCGCGCCGACGCCGGCUUCUGACGUCUGGUCGCUCGGGUGCACCGCGGUGGAGCUCCUGACAGGGAAGCGGCCGUGGUCGGAGACCGGGGGCUGGCUCGAGGUCGGCGCGAUGCUGCUGCUCAUCGGGUUCGGCGGGAAGCGGCCCGAAUUCCCCGCCGCCGCGUGCGUGUCGGACUCCUGCCGGGACUUCCUCGACAAGUGCCUCCGUCGGGACGCGGGCGAGCGGUGGAGCUGCGAGCAGCUGCUGCGCCACCCGUUCCUCUCCGCGGACGACGCCUGCGAGCCGUCGCCGUCUCCGUUCCCGUCUCCCCGGGCGGUGCUCGACUGGGCGGCGUCGGACUCGGACUCCGACGCGUCGUCGUCAUCGGAAUCAGAUGCCGACGUCGAGCACGAGGUCAUGGCGCGCGCCAAAGGGAGGGUUGCCGAAUUAGCAUCGGCAGACAGCCCGCGCACAAACUGCUGGGUGCCUGCGUUGGAGGAUGGCCCCACUUGGGCAGCCGACACCUGGGCCCCGCUACCCAGUCUCGAGACGUCAACCAAUGUAGCAGCACUGGUGGUGCGAUCGCCAUCCGACGCUGCUGCUGACACAGUCGCCGAUGCGGGAAAUGGCGGCACCGGUGGGCCAAGCGGCGCCGCCGUCCGUGACGAUGUCCUCGCCACCGGCGGCGGUGAUUGCGGCUUCUGCCGUGCGCACGGCCGUCCUUGGUGCGACAGCCACAGUGGGCACCAUAAAUGUAGGGGUGGGGUUGGAGUUGCUCAGCCCAGUUGGCCGCCGUUGGCCGUUGUGUCCUCCGUGCUGGUGUCAUGUAUUCUAUCGCGUUUGAUUCAAUCAGAGAUUUCGCUUAAGCAUGCAUUCAGUAGUGAAUUAAUUUUGUCAAUCCUUAAUUUCGUUUGCAGUUUCUGGUUGAUGUCUAGUACUCUGUAUUUUUAAGUUUUUUUUUUGA